UUUGCCCUAAUCCGCCCAGCGCUAGGGUUAUUUCUGCGUUGCCCGGCAUGGCGUGCGCAGGGCAGGGCAAUGCGAGCGGGGACGAUGCGGCAUUGGCGUGCGCUGCUCCAGCGGCGUCGUCCGGAGGUAACAGGUUCCAUCUCGCGGAUGCUGUCGCGGAAUGGAGGUCGCGCGAGCAGUUGGAGCCGUCAGUUCCAUCCACAUCUCCAGGCUAUUGUGAUUCCGACGAGGAUAAAUCGUCGGCGCUCUCCACGCUGCCAGGACCCAAGCCCUCGGACCUUUACGGAAAAUUCACCUGGAAGAUCGAGAAUUUCUCCGAGAUAAGCAAGAGGGAACUUCGGAGCAAUGUGUUCGAAGUCGGAGGCUACAAGUGGUAUAUUUUAGUGUAUCCUCAGGGAUGUGAUGUUUGCAAUCACCUUUCGCUUUUCCUGUGUGUUGCAGAUUAUGACAAGCUUCUACCAGGAUGGAGUCAUUUUGCGCAGUUUACUAUAGCCGUGGUCAACAAAGAUCCAAAGAAGUCUAAGUAUUCAGAUACUUUACAUCGUUUCUGCAAGAAGGAGCAUGACUGGGGUUGGAAGAAAUUUAUGGAACUUUCUAAAGUUGCGGAUGGUUUCACGGUCGGCGAUACGUUGGUUAUCAAGGCCCAAGUGCAAGUUAUCAGGGAGAAUCCUCUUCAGCCUUUCCGCUGUCUCGAUUGUCAGUAUAGGCGAGAGCUGGUCCGCGUGUACAUAACAAACGUUGAGGGUAUUUGCCGACGCUUUGUGGAAGAGAAGAGAGAGAAACUUGGUAAAGUAAUAGAGGAUACUCUUUGCUGGUCAAGUUUCCGAGCUUUCUGGUCGGCUGUCGAAGACAAUGCACGCCGACGGCUUGCUAGAGAAAAGACAGAUAUUAUCUUCAAGGCCGUGGUUAAGCGCUUUUUCAACGAGAAGGAGGUCACUUCAACGCUGGUCAUGGAUGCAUUAUACAGUGGCUGUAAGGCUUUGGAUCGUCAGAAAAAGAACAAGAACCAUAAAUUAGACGCAGGAUAUGAUUCAUUUACACCUGUUGUCUGGAUGGAGAAGGAUUUUUUUGUACUUGCUGGCGAUAUACUUUCGCUCUUGGAGCGGGUCGUACUAGAGCCAUUGCCUUCCUACAAAGAUGAUAAGGGGCCUCAAAACCGGACGAAGGAUGGAGCGUCUGGAGAUGAAUUUGGGAAGGAGUUCGUUGAACGUGACGAACGGAGGCUUACAGAGCUUGGCAGGCGGACUGUCGAAAUGUUCGUGCUAGCUCAUUUAUUCAGCAAUCGGAUAGAAGUGGCGUACAGAGAAGCUGUGGCGUUAAAACGUCAAGAAGAGCUUAUUCGUGAAGAAGAAGCUGCCGGUCAGGCUGAAAAUGAGCUUAAAGCAAAGCGCGAGGCAGCUGAACGGGAGAAACGUACUAAGAAGAAACAGGCUAAACAAAGAAGGAAAGAUCGUAAAGGAAAAGACAAAGAUCCUUCUGAAAAGCGCCUGGAGCAAGAUCUAACAAGCAGUAGGCUUGUCACGAAGAAAAUUCUGCUAACGGAUGUCGACCUCUCGUCGAUUUUGAUGGGCGAGACUGUAGAUGAGGAAGGUGAUAGUGGUCUGGAUAGCAUUGUGGGAACCUUUGGAACAGCGGAUGAUUUAGAACAUGCGACAUGGGAACGAGACGCAUCAUUCGUGAACCAGGAAAUGGAAGCAAGUUUCAGUGGUUCUUUAACUGACGAAGCCAGCGGGCAGAGUAAAAGAGUACCCUCGGCUUUGGACGACAGCUCCUCCACUUGCUCGUCGGACUCUCUACCAUCGGUGAGACCGCCGAGUAGCAAUUUGUUCGGUUCAAGGACGCACAUCUCCGAACACGGUUUCCUAAGGGGCAGGAGCAGGGCUGCUGUUGAUGGUUUUGACAGCGAUGGUAGGCUUCUUGAAGGCGAUGCAGUUCUCCGAACUGCAGACGCUCGAAGCACUGGCGAGACGAGCAGUAGUUGCAGUCCAGGAGGUAUAGAUUCGGAGGCUGUUAUUCUUUCUCUCAAGGAAAGAGUGCGUUGGCUUGAAAAACGUCUACAAGAAAAGGAGGACGAAGUUGUUUUGCUUCACGAACAGCUUAGCUACGCCCAGCACAAAGCAGGUGAUCAAACAAGAAGCCACAGGAAUCGAUCGGGGGAUGUUCCAGAUUGUAGAUUUAGUUCCGAGGCCUCCAGCAACAGAAGCGAUAGCAUGCCGCCUGAUGGGGAUUCAGUGCCGAAGGGAAGACUACCGAAAGGUGACAAUCGACAGUUAAAGUCGAGCAGGGCGACUACAAAUGGUUCUUAUCAUGCUACUGAGAACGGGCAUCACUCAAAAGGCAGGAGUGACUCUUCCAACGCUAUGAAGCACAAGUCCGACGACGAUCCACGGCCUGGUAUGACGGCGUCCGCAAUGCCAGCUUUUUCGAGACCAGGGACUGCGCCAAUGAUUGCAAAUGGACCUCGGCACUCCAUGCCGUUUCCUUUGCAGCCGAUUCCGCCGCCUCUCUCUCGCUCAAUGAGUGCCGCUGGCAGGCUGAGCGGUGGUGGUGAAGCGUCCGGUAUCAUCGACACCCCGAAGCAGGCUGGUCUACCAGUGUCGUACAGAAAUGCUGCUGUGGGGAGGCUGCACAGCCCAGGAGCCGAUAUUGGAGGACACAGCGCGCAGAGUAGCGGCUUGGUGAGCAAUGGCGGGUUUGCUCGGCCUUACGCUGCUGCUGCCGCCGCCGCUGCCUCGUCGUCCUCGGCAACAGUAAUAACAACAACAACGUCGACGACGAGCGGUAGUGCGUCGAAGCUACCUCCUGUUUACGAGCAGUCUGGAAGAGCGGAAGAGGUCCAAGUGGCAACGAUGCCAGAUGCAAGUAGCAACGAUAAACCUCCUCACAAAGGUGGUGGCAGCCAGCAACAGCAGCAGCAGCAGCAGCAGCAAAACGGGCAGGAUGACUCGAUAGCGAUAACAUUUGGGACGGUAACACAGGAAGUCCUCCACAGCGAGCACCACCCGCCGCAGCAGCAGCAAAGUUCGAGCGACGACGCCGGGCACUCCGAAGACCAGAGCUCCGACAACCAAGGCAGUCCAUCAGGCGCGGAGAUGCUGUCACCCGCGAGGCAGCCUCCGCCCCCGCCGCCAUUCUUCAGCAGCCUCUCGGAGGAUUUCCCGCACCUGGACAUCAUCAACGAUCUCCUGGACGAGGACAAGAACUUGGGAAGGACGCUGAGCGCGAUCCUGCAUCAUCCCGGUGGGAGAGGCGGAGACUACAGCUUGCCUGGCGAUGGAAGCAGUGCCAAGCAGCAGCAACACCAACAGCAGCAGCAACACCAACAGCAGCAGCAACACCAACAGCAGCAGCAUCACCAGCAGCAACAGCAGCAGCAGCGCAGGAUGGAAAGCGCACAGAUGAUGGGAAGCUACGCACACACGCCGCUGGCUUCUCUCCAGAGCGAUGCGAAUGGUCGCUUUUGGCCGAUCUCUCGCUCGAUGAGCGUCAGCAGCGUGAGCUACUCUGGCGGAGCUGGGCCGGAGGUGUCGGCUGCGCAGGGCCGAUAUCCUCUCCACCAUCACGUCUUGGUUCCUCCGGAUUGCUACUCGGUGUACGCUCCACUGCAGUGAGGCCAGGGAGCUCCUUGCUCCGAAAGAAAGAAAAAAUUGAAACACACUCUUUUAGUCAACGUUGGUUAACUAGCUGUUGUGGCC